AACGACACUCAUCGUUUACCACUGCUGACCCGCGCAACUAGCGUGAGAGGAGCAAAUAACUAAAGUCAGGAAGCACUCAGACGAAACAAUGAGUGUUGACGUGAAGAAGCUGAAAGUAAAUGAGUUAAAAGAGGAGCUCCAGCGCCGCGGCCUGGACACCAGAGGCCUGAAGGCAGACCUGGUGGAGAGGCUGAGAGCCGCGCUGGAGGCUGACGCUCAGGCUGAUGUCUCAGCAGGGGAGCAGGAGGAUGAAUACUGUCAGGACUAUCAAGACAACGAGGAAAACGAAGAUGGAGAUGAUGCACAAGAGCAGCAAGAUGCAGAAGUAGCUGAGGACUAUGGGGAAGGUGAAGGUGAUGGAGAUGGCGAUGGCGAUGAAGGUGAAGGUGAUAACCUUCAAGAGGAAGAUGAGGGUCGAGAUUCCGGUGGUUAUUAUGAGGAUGAGGAGGCAGAAGGCGAGCCGUAUGAAAGUCAACCUGCGUCAGACUCAGGUCACAGCAUGCCUGACUUCACAGCAGAUGCUGAUAUAAAGAAACCCGAAAUGCUGUCAGAGGAAGAGCCCAAGCCUGUGCCAGAGGCAGAGGAGAGAGUCGAGAGCAAACCAGAAGUCAAAGUUGAGAUCAAAACGGAAGAUGACCCCGAGCCUGCUAGAGACACACCGCAGGAGAGUCAUGGGACAGAACAGCAGGGUGGACAAGGUGCCACAGGUCAGGCUGAAGUCAAAGGAGAAUCUGAUAGAGGUGGACACUACAGCCGCAAGAGACCGUACGAGGAAGGCAGGAGCUACGGCUACUAUGAGCACCGUGAGGACAAGCGAUCCCGCACACCACAGCCCCCUGCUGAAGAUGAGGAAGAGAACAUAGAUGACACUCUCGUUACAAUCGAUACAUACAACUGUGAUCUGCAUUUCAAAGUGUCCCGAGAUCGCUACAGUGGUUAUCCCCUGACCAUCGAAGGGUUUGCUUACCUGUGGGCUGGAGCACGGGCCACACAUGGUGUCACCCAGGGCCGUGUGUUUUAUGAGAUGAAGAUCAAUGAGGAAAUUCCUGUAAAGCACCUGCCAAGCAGCGAACCAGAUCCCCAUGUGGUCAGAAUUGGAUGGUCACUCAACCACAGCAGCACUCAGCUUGGAGAGGAGCCCUUUUCCUUUGGAUAUGGAGGAACAGGAAAGAAAUCUGUCGACUGUAAGUUUGCAGACUUCGGUGAGAAGUUUGGUGAAAACGACGUCAUUGGCUGUUUCAUUGACUUUGACAGCGGUAACGAGGUGGAGAUUGGAUAUUCAAAGAAUGGAGUAAACCUGGGCGUGGCUUUCCGGACAACCAAGGAGGCACUGGCAGACCGUGCCCUGUUCCCCCACGUCCUGGUGAAGAAUUGUGCUGUGGAGUUCAACUUUGGACAAAAGCGGCCAUACUUCCCCCCACCAGAGGGAUACACCUACAUCCAUGAUCUUGGCAUGGAAAACAAGAUUAGAGGCACAAAGGGACCUGCCAGCAAAUCUGAAUGUGAGAUCUUGAUGAUGGUUGGCCUGCCUGCCUGCGGAAAGACCACUUGGGCCAUAAAGCAUGCAGAGACUAACCCUGAGAAGAAGUACAACAUCCUGGGCACAAAUGCCAUCAUGGACAAGAUGAAGGUGAUGGGUCUGCGUCGCCAGAGAAACUACUCCGGGCGCUGGGAUGUUCUGAUCCAGCAGGCCACCCAAUGUCUGAACAGGCUGAUCGAGAUCGCUGCCCGCAAGAGACGCAAUUACAUCCUAGAUCAGACAAAUGUAUAUGGAUCAGCAAGGAGACGAAAAAUGCGUCCUUUUGAAGGUUUUCAACGCAAGGCUAUUGUAAUUUGUCCCACGGACGAGGAUUUAAAAGAACGAACAUUAAAGCAAACCAAUGAGCAGGGGAAGGAUGUGCCCGAUCAUGCUGUUUUAGAAAUGAAAGCCAACUUUACUCUCCCUGAGGCUUGCGACUUCCUGGAGGCGGUGACGUUCAUUGAGCUGCAGCGCGAUGAGGCUGAAACUCUGCUGAAGCAGUACAAUGAGGAGGGCCGCAAGGCUGGCCCGCCCCCUGAGAAACGCUUCGACAACAGGCAAGGCGGGUUCCGUGGCCGCGGUGGUGGGAGCUUCCAGCGGUAUGACAACCGUGAUGGAUCCCGUGGCAGCUACCAGAACCGCAGUGGAGACGGAGGCAGUGGAUACAGAGGAGGCUACAGUCGUGGCAGCUAUAGCCAGAACCGCUGGGGCAACAGCUACCGCGACGGAGGCUCUGAUGCACGCAGCGGAUACAGCCGCAGCCAGCCGUCAAGCGGAAGCUACAAUCGCCCGGCACCUUACAGCAAGGGAACAUACAACCAGGGCUACAGCCAGAGCUAUAGUCAAGGGUACAACCAGGGCAGCUACAACCCAAAUUACUACAGCAACUACAGUCAGUACCCUGGAUACAGCCAGAGCUACAGCCAGACACCAACCACUGCACAGACGUACAACCACCACCAGCAACAGCCGCAGCAGCCGCAGCAGCAGCAGCAGCAGCAACAACAACAGAGCUACAACCAGCAGUACCAGCAGUAUGCUCAGCAGUGGCAGCAGUACUACCAGAACCAGAACCAGUGGAACCAGUAUUACAGCCAGUAUGGUGGCUACCCGGGUCAGGGCAGCCAAGGCUCAUCUUCUGGUUCCCAGUAGCUUCGCUCUGCAUCUGUACCUGCAUCCGCCGGUGUCCUAAACACUCUGACCUCUGCAGCAAAUUGAUUUUGUACAGUGUCACAUUAAGUCCCCAACCAUAACUGUCUCUGUCGGGUUAACACAGUAGCCUUCAUUCCUCCCCAGUCAGUGUCCACAGAAACUGUUAACAGUUUGAUGUCCUUCCAUUUUUUUACUGAAUGAAGUCUUACUCUAAGCAGCGACCGUGAGGUGAUAGAUGAUAGAUAUCAAAACAUUUAAUGAAUGUUAUCGAUUAUGCAUUUAAUGUGGACGUCUGUUGAUCUGCAAACUCCACAUUUCCUACAGAUUGAAGAGUUAAUUGUAUAUUUCCAGGAUGCAUAGAGUGAAAAUAUGACAGGGCAGGAAAAUACAGCAAGGCCUGAAUACUUUUGCUUGUUUUGAGAAGCUUAACAAAGAACAAAAUGCAUGCUUUUUACCUUCCACAACCCUUUACUCUUUCUUGCUCUUUAUUUUUCAGUUUCGGAGUGAACACAUUUUAUUUACUUUCAUAGAAUUCAAACAUUAAGGAACAUUUUUUUUAUAGGUGUUGAUACUGUAGUAUUUAAGCGUUAAUCCAGUCUUUGAUUGAGAAGAGUAUUUUGCCACUCUUUGAGUAGUUAUAUGUGCAGUUUUUUUUUUACCCUGUUGUGAUUGCUGUUCAUUGAGUCCAGUAGAUUUAUCCAGAUGUCAGACUCAUUUUUUUUCUACCCAAAAAUGAAAAUCUGAUUAUGACCAGUUACCCCAAGCUGUCUUGUCUUUAUACAAUAAAUGCAAUUGUAUACA